CGUGGAGAUCAGUGAUGAGUUUGAUACCAUUUGUCCACUUCAGUGAUGAGUUUGAUAAUUAACCCCUUUAAAAUUUUAGAUGAACCAGUUACUUUAACAUACGUCGUAUAAGGCUUUCUCAUCUUAUGCCAUGUUACCAGAAACGAAUGAUAUGUGAGUAGCAGUGUUAACGAGUAUCCUGAUCAUAAUUCAUAAGCAUACAUUCUAGUCAUGGCUGUUACGCGAAAGAGAUGUGAAAAUCUUGUCUGCUUCCUUCUGAUAAUUCCUCUCGUGUUGUUCAUUGUCGCAGAUUAUGCAGAAGCAGAGUGGUACAAUCAUGGAGGCGAUAUAAGUAACAGCAGAUCCGCUGUAGGAGAAUUCAAGAUCAGCCGAAAAACUGUAAAGAACUUGCAUUUAAGGUGGAAGUUCUUUGUUGGAAAUGACAUAUCUGCUACUCCAGCAAUAGCUAAUGGAGUAGUCUACGUGCCUUCGUGGAACGGAUAUUUGUAUGCCCUAAAUGCCUUCACUGGUGAUCUUGUUUGGAAACAACAUAUUGGUCAGCUAACUGGCUUGCCUGCAACAAGGACUAAUGUCAAUGCCUCGGUUUCAAGAACCACCCCUGUUGUAGCUGGUGAUAUGCUGCUAGUCGGAAUAUAUGGAGCUGGUGUCAUGAUUGGCCUUGAGCGUUUAACUGGAGAACUCGUGUGGUCCACUACAAUAGACUCGAGUCCUCUGGUCGUGAUCACUUCAUCUGGAACAGUUCACUUGGGGGCACUUUAUGUGGGAGUGUCAUCACUAGAGGAAACACUACCAGCAAAUUUAUGUUGCACGUUUCGGGGAAGUAUGGUGAAGAUGGAUGUUAGGACAGGUGCAAUUUUGUGGCAGACCUAUACGCUUCCAGAUAAUGGUGGUCGAUUAGGUGGAUAUUCUGGAGCAGCUAUAUGGGGAAGCAGCCCUUCAAUUGACAUUCCGAGGGGGCUUGUUUUUGCUGCAACAGGGAAUCUUUAUACAGCUCCAGAAGAGGUGCAGAGAUGUGAAGAGGAACAAAAUAAUCAAACCACAGCAACUGGUCCGGAUAGGUGCAUAGGACCAGAUGUGAAUUUUAAUUCGAUGCUUGCAUUUGAUAUGAACACUGGGCGGAUCAGAUGGUCUAGACAAUUGGGAGGCUACGACAUUUUCUUUUUUGCUUGUUUGGUUCCAAAUAAUCCUGACUGUCCAAGUGGACCUAAUCUAGACGCGGACUUUGGAGAGGCACCAAUGUUGCUGACCAUAUUUGCAGAUGGUAGGGUGCGCGAUGUGGUGGUUGCUGUUCAAAAAAGUGGUUUUGCAUGGUGUCUAGACCGCAGCAAUGGGGAAAUUGUUUGGUUCAGAAAAGCAGGACCAGGAGGCAAUGAAGGAGGAGGGAUAUGGGGAGCAGCUACCAAUGGUAGAAUGGUUUUUACAAACAUAGCGAACAACGAUAGGAUUCGAUUCAGGCUUGCACCUUCCAACAUGACUACAACAGCCGGGGCAUGGGUGGCACUGGACGCUAAUACAGGGGAGAUUAUAUGGACCACAGCUAAUCCUGGCAAUGAUACUUGUCAAGGGCCAGUCUCAUUGGCAAAUGGAGUUCUCUUUGCAGGAUCUGUAGCUGCUAAUGGUCCUCUUUAUGCUAUGGAUGCAGACACUGGGGCUAUACUCUGGUCAUACAAUACUGGUGCUACAAUAUAUGGGGGCGUAUCAGCUAGUUACGGAUGCAUUUACCUUGGACACGGAUAUACUGUUGGCGUUGGACUAUUUCAUCCCUGGACACGUGGAAUCGCCAUCUAUGCUUUCUGUGUAUUUUAAACUUCACGUGUCUGCAGAAUAUAAGAGUGAGACGAAAAAGGUGGAAAAUGUUAUGCAUCCGCUUCACCUCUCACCAUUAAUUGUUCCCUCAAUUUCCCUCAAUGUAGUAAUAAAAUCAUCUCCGGAAGACAAAUAUCCAUCACUACACUGAGGGAAAUCGAGGAACAAGCUAUGGAGAGUAUACGAGCCCCCCUGCUGCUCAUGAUACAAUCUUGAAGAUUUGGAAGACUCUUGGAGACCAUAUUUUGGCCAAUACCAUGCUUUUAUAGCCACCAGCCCACCACUUAAGGACAAAAUUACUCAAAAUAUUCUCCUCAGAGUU